AUGCUCUCGGUGAUCGCGAUGCGUCGGCCGGAGGACGAGGAGCUGGGCGGUCGCGGCGAUGGCGACGAGUUCGUGGAUAUCUCGCACAUGCAACUGCUGGUGGAGGCGGGCCCGAGCGGACUGCACUACGGCGGACCGCCGCCGCCCCUUGCGCAGCCACAGCCCUAUGCGCAGUCGCCCACGCAUACGUCGUCAGUCACGGCUACCUCCACCACCGCCUCCGUCGAUGAUCUAUUUGCCCUUUAUUUUACACCAACCACUCCUGGGAUAGUACAGUUAGAA